GUAAAGUGCGCAUGACUUAACCACGUAGUUGAGUUCCGGCUGAAAGAUACGUGUACAAAAUGUUGCCUGUAAAUUAUUUUAUAUCUUUAUUUUCACUCAUUAUUUUAAUAUCAAAUACAUCGGGUUUAUAUUUCCAUAUAGGAGAAACACAGAAAAAAUGUUUUAUAGAAGAAAUUCCUGACGAAACUAUGGUAGUUGGUAAAUAUAAAGUUCAGGCAUUUGAUCCGAGUGUAAAAGACUAUAUGCCAAGUGCACCAGGUAUAGGCAUGUUAGUAGAAGUACGAGAUCCAGAAGAUAAGAUUAUUAUGUCUAGGACUUAUGCAGCAGAAGGUAGAUUUACCUUUACAUCCCAUUCAGCAGGUGAACAUGUUGUAUGUCUUCACUCAAACUCCACAGCUUGGUUUUCUGCUGGACAAUUGAGAGUUCAUUUAGAUAUUCAAGUGGGAGAACAUGCAGUUGAUUAUCAACAAAUUCAGGCUAAGGAUAAACUCAGUGAAUUACAACUUCGUGUACGACAAUUAUUAGAUCAAGUUGAACAGAUUACAAAAGAACAAAAUUAUCAGAGGUAUCGAGAAGAACGUUUCCGACAAACCAGUGAAAGUACAAAUCAACGUGUAUUAUGGUGGUCAAUUGUACAAACAGUCAUACUUUUAGUCACAGGAUUUUGGCAAAUGAGACAUCUUAAGAGUUUCUUUGAAGCAAAAAAAUUAGUUUAAGUUGUCUUUCAGUUUUGUUGAUGUGGUAAUAUAUUAAAUUAAAUACUGUUAGUGUAUGUAGAUGAUUGAAUUGUGUUAAUUUUUUAGAGAUAUGUUCUGUUAUUAUCUCUAAAAAUAUUAGUCAAAACUUAAUUCAGUCAUUUAUAUAAACUAAGGAUGGUACAGCGCCUGUGUAACUUUUGGGUUUAUACUUGUUUUGUUGGUUGCUUGAACAAGAUGAAUAACGUUGUACCAUUAUUUUAAUAUCUGUGUGGAUGGAAAGAAAAUGUUGAAUAACCUUGAUGGCAGAAGAAAGUUUUUGUUUGGUAUAUCAUGUUUCCUAAUAAUCUGUCAAUUUUCAGACUCGCGAGGAAAGAUUUCGAAUCACAAGUGACAGUAUCAGUGUUCGUGUAUUCUGGUGGUCGCUUGGACAAACUUGUGGCCUUAUUCUUAUUGGAUCCUGGCAAAUGAGGCAUCUAAGAAAAUUUUUUGAAGCCAAGAAAUUAGUGUAAUUUACUAAAUAGAAAUACCUUUGAAAGCAGAUGUUUAAAUAUGUGCUUAUUCAUCCAUAGCCUGUAAUUCUUUUUUUAAAAAAAUACAUAUAGAUUACUUAAUCUUGACAUUAAAUGUUAAAUUUUUGUGUUUUGAAUAUUAUUUAAGGAAUGAAAAAUAUCAAAGUGGUGAAUGGUAUUACUUCUCUCAUUUGUAUAUUAAAUAGAUGAUGAAUCUUUAUGAUGUAUAUAUUAUUAUAUCAUAUAUUAAUGUAUGUUUUAGAAUCAUGUGUGAAUGAAUAUUUUACAUUUGUUUAAUGUGUUGCAUAUUUUGUUUUCUUUUUUCUCAUCCCAAAUUAAAUAUGUCUAUUAAAGUUUAUUUAAGGUACAUUUAGAUUCUAUUACAAUAUGUAUAGUUAUCGUCUCUAUGUAAAUUAGAUUAGAUAUAAUUUCAGGCUAAUACUGUAACUAUAUGGUUAUAAGUUUAAAGGGGUGGUUGCUUUGAAGUCUUAUGUAAAUGUUUUCUCAGUAGUUUUCAUACAGUUGUUGAUAAAAAAAUCAUCACUUGAAUGAAUAAAUAAUAUUUUUCUCAUUAUA